AAACUCAAGCAGAUUUAAAUCACAAUGUAGAGAGAGAAAAAUCAAAUAAAUUCAAAACGAAACCAGCAAACACUCACUCUCUCUCUCUCUUUCUCUUUCUUUCUUUGCAUUUUUAGCUCAAUCUUCACUUCACUCCGGCUGAGAUUUUCUCAGUUCCGAUCGCUAGCAUUUGGAUCUAACGGCGCCGUUUUGGAUCUUGAAGCACUUGGAUGUGUGUCAGUGGUAGGUUUUUGGUCAGGUAGUUGAUCAGAUCGGUGGACAUAAUGGCGGAGGUUUCCGGUGACGGAGUUGCUUUGGCGGCGCCGGAGGUUAACGGAGGCGCUUCUGUCACGGCGAAUCCGUCGGCGUCGUUGACGGUGUCGGCGUCUUUGAAGGAAGGAGGUAAGAGCUCGUCAAGGAGGCGAGCGUCGGUGAGGCCGAGCUUUGAUGCUGAUAAUGAGUUUAUUACGUUACUGCACGGGUCGGAUCCGGUCAAGGUGGAGUUGAAUCGGUUGGAGAAUGAAGUCAGAGAUAAGGACAGAGAAUUAGGGGAGGCGCAAGCGGAGAUCAAGGCUUUGAGAUUGUCUGAACGGUCAAGAGAGAAGGCUGUUGAAGAGCUUACUGAUGAACUCUCAAAGGUGGAGGAGAAGCUCAAGUUAGCAGAAUCUCUAAUUGAAAGCAAAAAUCUUGAAAUCAAGAAAAUUAAUGAUGAGAAGAAAGCCUCCAUGGCAGCUCAAUUUGCUGCUGAAGCCACACUUCGAAGAGUUCAUGCUGCUCAGAAGGACGAUGAUAUGCCUCCAAUUGAAGCUAUUCUUGCUCCCCUUGAGGCUGAGCUUAAGCUUGCUAGGCAAGAGAUUGCAAAGCUUCAAGAUGAUAACAAAGCUCUAGAUCGUCUAACCAAGUCCAAAGAAGCAGCUUUACUUGAAGCUGAGAGGACUGUUCAGGUUGCCUUGGCUAAGGCGUCUAUGGUAGAUGAUCUCCAAAACAAAAACCAAGAGUUAAUGAAACAGAUAGAGAUUUGCCAGGAAGAAAACAAAAUUUUGGAUAAGAUGCAUCGACAAAAGGUUGCAGAGGUUGAAAAGCUUACCCAGACUGUUCGUGAGCUUGAAGAGGCUGUUCUUGCUGGUGGUGCAGCUGCUAAUGCUGUGAGGGAUUACCAGAGGAAAGUUCAGGAGAUGAAUGAGGAAAGGAAAACUCUUGACAGGGAGCUGGCCCGUGCAAAGGUAACUGCAAACAGGGUGGCCACAGUUGUAGCCAAUGAAUGGAAAGAUGCUAACGACAAAGUGAUGCCUGUGAAACAGUGGCUUGAGGAACGGAGAUUCUUGCAGGGAGAAAUGCAGCAACUUCGUGACAAGCUUGCUAUAACCGAGCGAACUGCCAAGUCUGAAGCACAGUUGAAAGAAAAGUAUCAUCUGCGGCUCAAAGUGCUAGAGGACAGUUUGAGAGGAUCUUCAAAUGGUACUGGUCGCAGUACACCGGAGGGUAGAAGUGUCAGCAAUGGGCCUUCUCGUCGUCAGUCACUGGGUGGAGCUGAUAACAUCUCUAAGCUAACCUCCAAUGGCUUUUUGUCGAAAAGAACACCAUCUCAGUUGAGAUCACUGUCUUCUAGUAGUAGUUCAAUGCUGAAGCAUGCUAAAGGAACAUCAAGAUCAUUUGAUGGAGGCACAAGAUCAUUAGACAGGAGUAAAUUGCUUUUAAAUGGACCAUUCAAUCAGUCUUGUGAUGCAACCAAGGACGAUGAAACACCUAAUACUUGGAAAGGAAAUCUCGAUGACAAGUCCAAUGAAUUCCAAUCAGCUGAUACUGAGGAUAGCGUUCCUGGAGUAUUGUAUGACUUGCUGCAGAAAGAAGUCAUAUCUUUGAGGAAAACUGGUCAUGAGAAAGAUCAAAGCCUCAAAGAUAAGGAUGAUGCUAUUGAGAUGUUAGCAAAGAAAGUAGAGACAUUAACUAAGGCAAUGGAGGUUGAGGCAAAGAAGAUGAGAAGGGAAGUAGCUGCAAUGGAGAAGGAGGUAGCUGCGAUGCGUGUGGAGAAAGAACAUGAAAAUAGGGCCAAGCGGUUUGGUAAUACCAAAGGUCCUGUUAGCAGUGCUCAGCUGCUUCCUGGAAGAAGUGUAUCAAGAAGUGGGUUGACACGGAGUACACAAUGACGAAAAGUGGCAGGGGCAUCAGCAGUACGGAGUAAAUCUGCAUAGGCCUUGUUUGUUUUGCCCCUUUCUUAUUUUUUAUUUUCUGUUUCUCCCUUGGUGAUUGAUUAUAAGAUUGUAACUUGCAUGCCGAAGACCCUGUCUAUGUUUGUUCAGUGGAAACUUUCUGAGAAAAGAGAGAGAUUAGAACAAAAUCAGAGGAAGAAAUCAUCGGUGUGCAACUGACAUAGAAAACUCUUAAAUUCCUCUGCCUAGAAAGAAAAGAAAACAAAGGAAGUAAAUUGACCUUGGGCUAACCUUUUUGUCAGGUAUUUCUACUUAUAUAAUUUGAUUGGGCAGUGGUUGUGUGGUUAUUGUAUAGGUACCUUAUUGGAUUUUUUUUCCCUUUUGCUGGUUCCUAUUUAAAUUUGUAAUCUGCAGCAGCUAGUGCCAUUGUUGGUUGUUAAUAUUCUUGUAAUCAGAUCAAAGAAUCAGAUCUUACUAUGUUUGUGUUGUUCAUUUGGCGGUUCUAUAUUAAUGAUGCCAGAAUAUGGACAAUUCUGUGA